AUGUCUCCCUUCGUCCUCAAGAUGUCUCCCUUCGCCCCAAGAUGUCUCCAUACUUCCAAGAUGUCUCCUUCCCCCCAAGAUGUCUCCUUCGUCCUCAAAAUGUCUCCCUUCCCCCAAGAUGUCUCCUUCGCCCCAAGAUGUCUCCUUCGCCCCCAAGAUGUCUCCCCUUCGCCCUCAAGAUGUCUCCCUUCGCCCCUCAAGAUGUCCCUUCGCCCUCAAGAUGUCUCCUUCGCCCUCAAGAUGUCUCCUUCGCCUCACAUCCCCCCCCCCCGUCUCCCUCGCCCCAAGAUGUCUCCCCCUCAAGAUAUCCCCUUGCCCUCAUGCUCCCUUCCCUCAAGAUGUCUCCCCUUCGCCCUCAAGAUGUCCCUUGCCCUCAAGAUGUCCCUUCGCCCUCAAGAUGUCUCCCUUCGCCCUCAAGAUGUCUCCUUCGCCCUCAAGAUGUCUCCUUCGCCCUCCAAGAUGUCUCCCUUCGCCCUCAAGAUGUCUCCUUCGCCCUCAAGAUGUCUCCUUCGCCCUCAAGAUGUCUCCUUCGCCCCCAAGAUGUCUCCUUCGCCCUCAAGAUGUCUCCUUCGCCCUCAAGAUGUCUCCUUCGCCCUCAAGAUGCCCUUCGCCCUCAAGAUGUCUCCCUUCGCCCCCAAGAUGUCUCCCUUCGCCCCCAAGAUGUCCUUCGCCCUCAAGAUGCUCCUUCGCCUCAAGAUGUCUCCCUUCGCCCUCAGGAUGUCUCCCUUCGCCCCAAGAUGUCUCCUUCGCCUCAAGAUGUCUCCUUCUCGCCUUCAGAUGUCCUUCGCCCUCCAAGAUGUCUCCCUUCGCCCCAAGAUGUCUCCUUCGCCCUCAAGAUGUCUCCUUCGCCUUCAAGAUGUCUCCUUCGCCUCAAGAUGUCUCCCUUCGCCCUCAAGAUGUCUCCUUCGCCCUCCAAUAUGUUCCCUUCGCCCCCAAGAUGUCUCCCCUUCGCCCCAGAUGUCUCCCUUCGCCCUCAAUAUGUUCUCCUUCCCCCAAGAUGUCUCCUUCGCCCUCAAGAUGUCUCCUUCGCCUUCAAGAUGUCUCCCUUCGCCCUCAAGAUGUCUCCCUUCGUCCUCCAAGAUGUCUCCUUCGCCCUCAAUAUGUCUCCCUUCGCCCUCAAUAUGUCUCUCUUCGCCCCCAAGAUGUCUCCUUCGCCCUCAAGAUGUCUCCUUCGCCUUCAAGAUGUCUCCCUUCGCCCUCAGAUGUCUCCUUCGCCCCCAAGAUGUCUCCUUCGCCCUCAAGAUGUCCCUUCGCCCUCAGAUGUCUCCUUCGCCUUCAGAUCUCCUUCGCCUCAAGAUGUCUCCUUCGCCCCCAAGAUGUCUCCCUUCGCCCCAAGAUGUCUCCUUCGCCCCCAAGAUGUCUCCCUUCGCCCUCAAGAUGUCUCCCUUCGCCUUCAAGAUGUCUCCCUUCGCCCUCAAGAUGUCUCCCUUCGCCCUCAGAUGUCUCCUUCGCCCUCAAGAUGUCUCCUUCGCCCUCAAGAUGUUUCCCUUCGCCCUCAAGAUGCUCCUUCGCCCCCAAGAUGUCUCCCUUCCGCCCCAAGAUGUCUCCCUUCGCCCCCAAGAUGUCUCCUUGCCCUCAAGAUGUCUCCCUUCGCCUUCAAGAUGUCUCCCUUCGCCCUCAGAUGUCUCCUUCGCCCUCCAAUUCUCCUUCGCCCUCAAGAUGUCUCCUUCGCCCUCAAUAUGUCUCCUUCCCUCAGAUGUCUCCCUUCGCCCUCAAUAUGUUUCCUUCGCCCUCAAGAUGUCUCCUUCCCCCAAGAUGUCUCCUUCGCCCUCAAGAUGUCUCCCUUCGCCCUCAAGAUGUCUCCUUCGCCCUCAAUAUGUUUCCCUUCGCCCCAAGAUGUCUCCUUCGCCCCCAGAUGUCUCCUUCGCCCCAAGAUGCUCCUUCGCUUAG